AUUCAUUUCUCAUCUUUGUAUUACUACAGUUCGGUGAUAACAAGCGAACGUUUCUGCCAUUACGGAAACAGAAUUUGAACAUAAAAAUGUUAACGACCAGUAAAACUAAACAUUUUGCAAGAUUCUCAUGAUUACUGUAGUACAGCUUAGCAAUGUCGUGUAACGUAUUACAGGCUCUUAUAAUAAAUUUGCAUAAAUUACUUAGUACAUAUUUUGCAUUUGAGGAAUAAUUUUAAAACGAGAAUCGUGAGGUGUGAUACAUAUUUAGUGUUAAAAUAAGAAGUAAUUGAGUGAAACAUAUAGGUACCAAAAUGAAAAUUUCACCUACGGUGAAACAGACUAUAUUUUCAUUGCCACUGCUUCUGAACAAUGUCAGCAUUGGCAUGAUGUAUGGCUACACCGCAUUCCUGAUCCCCGCCCUCUUGACUGAAGAUGGAGACGAUCUGAAGACGGAUACAUACACUGCGUCCUGGAUUGCAUCAAUAACUGGGAUCUCUGGAAUUGUCGCUGUUUUAUCAGUGGGGCCUUCCAUGCACUACUUAGGACGCAGAAUAACUCAGCUCAUCAUAUCAACGCUCAUGUUCAUUGGAUGGAUUUUAAAUACUACUGCUACUUCAAUACCAAUGCUGAUGGCAGGGAGGGCAUUUCAAGGGAUUGGAACGGGAAUCCUGUCCUUUGGAUCAGUGUAUAUUGCCGAACUGACUAGUCCGAAAAUAAGAGGAGUCGUGUUAAGUGUUAAAGCCAUUACGCCGUCAUUUGGAACUCUUUUAGUGCACAUUUUAGGAUGUGUCCUGCAUUGGAGGUACGUAGCGGCACUUGCUAUAGUACCAAUUGUUAUUGGGACAGUUAUCACGUUUGUGUCUCCAGAGACACCAGAUUUCUUCAUUUCGAAAGGACUUUACGAUGAAGCUCAAAACGUAUUCUUCUCGAUCAGAGGACGGGAUUCAAAUACAGAAGAAGAAAUUAAAUCUGUCAUAGAAACCGAGAAGGAAAGAACAAAAAGCGAGCAUUGGAAAAUGAAUCUCAGAACUGUAGUAGCUAAAUUGUUUUCAAAAGUUUUGCUACGAGUUCUGGUUGUACUCUUUUUUGCAAGAGUUGUGAUAGAACUUGGCGGAAAACAUUAUUUUUCUGCAUAUUCUGUUAGUUUACUUAAGAAAAUGAAUAUUAACGUAGAAAAGGGUUUACUUUAUACCGUUUAUAUAGAUUUAUUUAGCAUGGGGGCAUCCAUUGUGUCAGUAUUCCUCAUAAAACGAUUUCCAAGACGAUUGGUUAUAAUAAACUGUGGUUAUACAGCUACCUUUUUGAGUAUUGUAGGCUGUCUCCUGAUUUAUGUGAAAGAUUAUGCAUUUGAUAACCAGAUUCUAUUAUGGAUUGCUGUUAUAAUGAUAAUUUGCUUCUUUGUAAUUAUGUACGGGGCUACUUUUGGCGCUUGUUUCAUAGUAAUGGGUGAACUUAUACCGUUAGAGUUUAGGUCAAUAGGCACUGUACUGGAAGGAUUGUUAGGUUGUAUAUUAUUAACAAUAACUUUAAAGACAGUUCCCUUUUUAGUUGAACUUAUAGAAGUUCACGGGAUGAUACUAGUAUUCAGCAUUUGUAUAUUAAUAUCGUUGGUUUACAUGCAUAUUGAUAUGCCUGAAUCAAAGGAUCGGACUUUACAUGACAUAGCUGAAUAUUUUAAAGGUAAUAGUCCAAAAAACAAGACUAACAAAGUUAGUUCUCUUUAGUGGUUUUUAGCCUGUUUAGUGUUUAAUAUAAUUGUGAUUAGAUUUUAAUGUUGUAUUAUUAAAUUACCUGUUUAGUUAAUGGUUUUGUACAUACGUAGGUAUAUAAUAAUGAUAUAUUAUGGAAACCAGUUGUGACCGAUUGUAAAUAACACGUAAGUACUGUUUCAAUUUU